CGAAUCUGUUGUUUCAGAAUUACAACAACUCAUGAGUUCUCAAGAGGCUCUGCUGUCAGAGUUCUUGAAACAACAACUAUGGAGAAGCUGGUGAAGAUUUGGAACAAGACGAACUAUACGUUUGAUCAGAGCCAUUGCCGGGAGAUCCUCAACUUCCUUAAGUGUCGGGGGUAUCGAGACAACAAAUGUACUUCGGGGAGGGAGCAGGCAGGGGAGGAGGAGGAGGAGGAGAGCAAGGACGAGAGGAGGGCGACGGAGGGCCGAGAGGAUGAUGGUGACAGCGACAUGCCGACCAUGGACGUGCGGAGAGAGGUGGAGCGUGCGAAGGGCAAGAUGAGGAGGGAGAAGGCCGUCGACGAGGACAACACUCUGGGCGAGGAGGAGGAGGAGGAGGACGGUGACGAUCAAGAAGCGGACAUUGGAGCCUCUCUUGAUGGGGGGCUGAUGGCUGGUGGCCGUCGAGGCCAAGAGGGGGCAGCCAGAGCGAUGAUGGAGCCAAGGGGAUCGAAGAAGCGAAAGAGGAAGGCAAAAACGACUGCCACGACGACUCCAGCAACACCUCCUUUGCCGAAGAAGUGCAAAGUCCUUCGACAGACUUCCAUGGUCGAGGCCUUCAAUCCUGUCAGGCAACGAGAUUUUUCCAACUACUUGCAGUGGUACUACGUCAGUGGCAUUCCAUUCGAGGCAUCGAGGAGGCCAGAGUACAACAGGAUGAGGAAGCACUUGCUCGAGUGUCCCCCGUAUACACAACCUGCGUUGCCCACGCACCGUGUGAUUUCGGGCGACGACAUCCUUGAGCAGCAGCGAGUUGUGGCGGACUUGGUGGCGGCCGUCCGCAAGGACAUUGCGGCGACUGGAGCAACUAUACUUACGGACGGUGGCAAGUCCAUCAUGAGUGACCAGAUAGACGGCAGCAACGGGAAAGUUGGAAAGAGGGAGGACAUCAUCAUCAGGGCUCGAGCGGUCGUGCGUUUCAUUAGAGAGCACGGGGCGGCUCUCAACCUUUAUCGACGGUACUCUGCCGCCCACCCGUCUUCCGCCUCCGCAGCUGCGGCCAGUUCCAGCGCUGCACCACCACAGGCUCAGCGACGUGGCAGAGAGCUUGUAUACCCUGCGCCGACGUGGUUCGCCACACACUAUUUGAUGUUGGAGAGGUUGUUGGAUCGUAGCAGAGCGCUUGAGGCGUUGAUGAUGAGUGAUGAUUGGUUGCGGACUGCAUGGAGGAGGUCCAUUUUCUUGCAGGCCAGGUGGGUGCGUCAUCAUGUGUGUUAUGCGCCAUUUUGGGAGCACGUGGAGGACAUCGUGGAGCUGAUGACGCCUGUGAUGCAGUUGCUACGUCGUUUGGACAGAGGGGGGCGCGUGAUGACUCCCAUGUGGUCGUGGGCGCUUGCCAUGGUUGACAGGGUGGCGAGAGCGAGGCUGAACAGGACGUGGAAGGACGAGCUCCACAUCGUUAUUCAAGCUUGUCAGGCGCGGGUGGAUCAUAUGUUGGAGUCGACACAUUGCAUUUCCCACCUCCUCAACCUGCGCCACAGGAGCAUCAUGUUUUUCGGAGCAGCGAGGUACAACGUGCACGACAAGACACUAGCAGAGGAUUCACUGCGAUACCUUCGCCAGCAGACUGGGGAUAACGAGGACGUGUAUCAGACGUGGCGCACGCAGCUGGCUGAGUUUCAUAGUCGGGAGGGCAAUUGGACGUACGAAGGGGUUGAGGUCCUUGAGGGUGUUAAAGGACGCGGCCUCCUGCAGAGGGGAGAAGGAGACGUCGCAGGUCGGGCAGUGGUUGCUGCCGCGUCGGCAGAGGUCGCUGCCUCCCCUGCAGAGUUUGCUGCAGCGUCUCCAGAGGUUGCUGUCGGGUUUGCAGAGGUUGCUGCAGAGGAUGCGGAGGCUGUUGCAGCGUCGGUAGAGGUUGCAGUCGGGUCUGCAGAGGUCGGUGGCGAGGCUGCAGAGGUUGGGAGGGCAUCUACACAGUUCGGUCCCAGUUUCAACGACGAUAUGUUUGGUGCUUCGUUGGGGCUUCCUCCGACGCCGACAGGCGAGCGUGAUACUGGUGGUGUGGACGCACAAGCCACACGCAUCAGUCAGAUCCUUAGAGGUUUGCCUUCGUGCAGCGUGGGUGACAUCAGUAGCAGCAUGUUGUGGCAGGUAGCGGAGGACACACAAGGUUCGUCGGAGCAGCGUGAGCAUGUAGUAGGGGAUGAUGGGGAGUGCCGACCUGUGCAGGAGCGAGUGUUAGAGUCGGAGCAGGACAGGACCGACCGAGAGGAGAGGGAGAGGGCAUUGGAGUUGGCCAGGCAUUGCGAGAUGACACAGAGUAUUGCGGCAAAGGCACGUGCAGAGCGGAUGCUCAAGACGGAUGAUGGUGCGGGUCAUUGUCCGAUGGAGGAUGCAAAGGUUGAGUGUGGCGGUGUGGUCGGUGGGGAUGCAAGCGAGAGACAUGCAUCGCCAAUUCAUGGUGUUUGUAUAUUACCAUUCGCUGGAGCUAUGUCGGUGGGGGAGUUAGAGUGGCAGGCACUGGAGGACCCAUUGCGGGCAGAUCGACGCGGACGGAUGGAUGAGGCGUCGAAAUGGGUCAUGGCAGAGGGCCCAACUUUUGUGUCGUGCAGCCCGUCAGUGCCAUCGUCUACCAUAAAUGUCAUUCUUCCCACACAUGCUGAGGGUCCAGGCACGACACCGAGUCCCGCAUCGGCACCUACAGGGGAAUCUCCUCCUCCCAAAUCACGGAAGAAGAAGAUGAGAAUCAUGAGUGCAGGAAAGAGUCUUAGUACUGUGAGGAGGGUGACCCACCAGAUGCGGGCGAGUCAGCCUGGGUUGGCCGGUUUACAUCCGCGUACUCUGGAGGCAUUGGGCGGGGACAUUGUCGCGGAUACAGCAGCUUGGCGGGAUAGGGCCUCUACCCAGGGGACGGCGCGCCCGAUGAGCACACCUGCCGAGGCGGCGGUGCCUCGUGCUGGAAGGCGGACUUCCACUACCGCUACGAAGGAGCAUGACGAGCACAGUUGCCCCCCUGGGAGGAGCAUGGCCGGACGUAUAUUGGGGGAGGAUGUGAGGGCACUGACGACACAACGAUCGUCACAGACACCCAUCAGCUGGGAGUCGGGUACCGACGGUGUGGAGAUGCCUGCUGACCAGCGGGCGAGGGUUUCUGUAUACGACCUUCUUCGAGCACGGGGCGAGGAUGAGGCGGCACCACAGGGAGGGAUUCAUGCUAUGGACACGACGCACGGGCCGGUAGGUGGCACAGGUGGCGGGGAUGGUACCACUAGUGUGGGGCCGCAGAGGAGAAGGAAGGAUAUUGUGGACGACAACUGGAAUGAUGCUUAGUCCCACCAUUGGUCCUCUUCCGUCCUCUAUUUCCUAGUAGUGUAUAGUACCUUUAGUACUUCAGAUGAGGUCAAGUGUUUAUAGGUGCAGUAUGCAGCUCGUCAUGACCGCAUGUGUAUUAGUAUCAAUGUUUCAUGAGAUUGCACACUGUCUUCAUGCAUAGGUGCAGUAGGUGCAGUUUUUUUUUUUUUUUCGUUUUUUUUUUCUAUUGAUGUUUCAGACGAUUGCACACUUUGUUCAUACAUAGGUGCAGUAGGUGCAGUUUCUGCUUUUUUUUUUCCUUUUAUGUUUGUAUCGAUGUUUCAGACGAUGACACACUUUCUUUAUGCAUUGUUUGACUGAGUUCACUCCCCAUGUUUCUUCUAUUGUGGUGUGUUUAUGGUGCAACUAUAGUGCCUUGUUUUUCGUUGCUCCGUCAUGUUGUGGUUUCGAAAUUUCUGCAAUGAAUGUUACUCAAUGCU